AUGCCACCCAAAGGAAAGAAGGGCGGCGGCGCCGGUGACAAGUCGAAGACGGGCGAGGAGGAACGACCAGAACCCCUUCAGGCCGUUAUACUCGCGGAUCCCUUCAAGACACGAUUCAGUCCCUUCACCCUCGAGCGCCCACGAUGUCUCCUGCCAGUCGCAAACACCCCACUGAUCGAAUACACCUUCGAGUUCCUUGCAAACGCUGGCGUAGAGGAGGUCUUUGUCUACAGCGGCGCGCAUACAGACCAAGUCGAGGAGUACAUACUACAGUCAAAAUGGUCAACCUCGUCCGCCUCCUCGCCCUUCUCGAAGCUCGAGAUCAUACGGUCCUCCUCCCGCUCUAUCGGAGACGCCAUGCGCGACCUUGACAAGCGCGCAAUGCUCGUUGGCGACUUCCUCAUCGUGUACGGAGACGUCGUCAGCAAUCUCCCCUUAGAGCCCGCCCUAGCAGCGCACCGAGCGCGGCGAGCAGCAGACAAAAACACCAUCAUGACAAUGGUGCUGCGCGAAGCCGGUCAAACGCACCGCACCAAGGCGCAAGAAGCCUCCCCCGUCUUCGUAAUCGACCCCACAAAGAACCGCUGCCUGCACUACGAGCAGAUGCACGCGCGGCAGAGCAAUCACUUCGUCAAAAUCGACCCGGACCUCCUAUCCAGCCACCAAGAGCUUGAGAUCCGCCAGGACCUCAUCGACUGCGGCAUCGACAUCUGCACCCCUGAUGUGCUGGCGCUGUGGAGCGACAACUUCGACUUCGAGGCGCCGAGGAAGGGGUUUCUGCAUAGCGUGCUCAAGGACUACGAGCUCAAUGGCAAGACAAUACAUACGCACAUCGUUAACGAUCACUACGCAGCGCGGGUGCGGAAUCUGCGCGCGUACGACGCGGUGAGCAGGGAUAUAAUCUCAAGAUGGGCCUACCCGCUGUGUCCGGAUAGCAACCUGUUGAAGGGGCAGACGUACCGGCUGCAGAAGGGGAACGUCUACAAAGAGAACGACGUGAUACUAGCGAGGUCGUGUGUGAUCAAUCGAAGGAGCGUCAUUGGUGCUAAAACAAGCAUUGGCGACGGCAGCACGAUAUCGAACAGCGUUGUGGGUCGGCAGUGCAUUAUUGGUAGGAAUGUUACGAUCGAUGGUGCAUAUAUCUGGGAUUCCGCUGUCAUCGGAGAUGGUUCCACUGUCACCAAGGCCAUUGUGGCUAGCGAGGCAGCUGUGGGUAGAAAGUGCAUUGUCGAGCCGGGAGCGUUGAUCGGAGAGGGCGUGCGCAUUGCAGAUGGUGUGACCGUGCCAGGAACGAGCCGCAUCACUCGAGCGAAGCGAAAGCGAGGCGCUGAGGACUACUUUGGGCGAGACGAGCCCGAUGUCAGGCUUGUCGGUCAAGGCGGGGACGGUUACGAGUUCAUUGGUUCGGACGAAGAGGACGAGGAAGGCGUUGAAGGUCUCACAUCGAACGGGCUCAGUUUGUUCUACAACAUGCAGAACCUCGCCCUCUCUACGGAAUCAAUAUCCACGUUGAACUCAGAAGACGAACUCUCCGAAGACCGCGUCGCCCACCACGACCGUUCAGCCGCCGGAAGCUUCAUCUCCAUCGCCUCGGACGACAGCCACGCGAGCCAGCACGCCGGCGACUUCCACCACGACGCCGCGGCCAGCAUCUUCGACUCGCUGCAGAAGGGCGACGAGUGGGAGAACAUCCAGCUCGAGCUCACAGCGCUACGCAUGAGCACCAAUGCUUCAGAGCACCAGCUUCGCCGAGCGGUCGUGGCGGCGUUCAUGAAGCGCAUCGCCCAGGUUGUGGAGGCGGGCACGCCGGCCAAGGCCGCGGUGGACGAGGUGCUCAAGGGAUACGGAGAGCUGGUUAAGAAGACUAUGUUUGAUGACGGGGAUAGAGUGGACUUUUUGCUGCUUAUGCAGACGGAUCUCGCGCACAGGAAGGAGGGGGCGAACGUGCUGCUUUAUAUGUGCAUGGAGCUGUACAGGUUGGAUGUGAUGAGCGCGGAGGUGUUUGAGAGGUGGUGGGAGGAUCCGAAGGGGAUGGAGGGUGGGGAGAUGGAGGGUGUUAGGGGGAAGACGCAGCAGUUUAUUGACUUUUUGAAGGAAGAGAGCGAGGAGGAAAGCGAAGAUGAGGAUGAAGAGGAUGACGAAGAGGACGAAGAUGGAGAUUAG